CCACCUCCUGCAUAACCAGAGCCUUCCGUGAGAAAUCUGGAACUUCCAUUAAUUCUGGGUGGCGUCGCAAAAGCAAUCGGAUAAGCUUUCCUGGCACCUCAAUCUCAAUCCCAGCAGCAACCGCUGCAGCUACAAAUCAGCACGAACUAUAUAUUUAUGUCCCACACCCGCCGGUGGCUCUCACAUCCACUCAUCAUACAACAACUUGAACUAUACCAAGUCAACUUAAUCUAAUCAACUCCAACUCGGAAUUUGAAUCAAGCAAGAUGGACUCCAUUCCAUCCUCCUCCUCAUCCCCAUGCCCCUUCUGCACCAUCGCCCACACAUACCCGCCUCUCCCCCCGACAACGUUCCUCCGCCAACACCACCAAGACCCAAAUCCCAAGAAUGUCUCCAACCCAGCGACGCUGUCGACCCCCCCACAUUCAGAUCUCGAUACGACAACGAGCACGAGCACGAGUACGGCCCACCUCAUCCUGUCGACCCCAUCCCUCCUCGCCUUCCUGGACAUCAUGCCCCUCACGAGGGGCCAUCUCCUCCUUGUCACGCGGGAGCACUAUGAGAAACUGGGCGAUGUCGGGGUAGGCGUUAGUCGCGAGAUCGGCCAAUGGCUCCCCAUCCUCUCGCGGGUAGUGAUGCGGACGCUUUUCGGGGCGGACGCAGCAGCAGCGGACUGGCAUUGGAAUGUGGUGCAGAAUAAUGGUGCGUUUUACUCUCACUUCUCUUCAGUUCACCGAUGGUGGGGGGGGUCAUCGUAAGCACAGCACAGC